AUGUCGGAAUCAAAAAUGGAGUUAGAGGACUGGUUGGACGAUCUUUGCGUCCGCUUCAUCAUCAACCUGCCUGCAGAAGACCUGUCGUCGGUCGCGCGCAUAUGUUUCCAAGUCGAGGAAGCACAAUGGUUCUACGAGGAUUUUAUUCGUCCGCUGGACCCAACACUGCCGUCCAUGUCCCUGCGCAGUUUCUGUCUACGGAUUUUCCAGCACUGCCCACUGCUUGCCUCUUUCCCCGUCGAAAACCACAUGCGAGCCUUUGAAGAGUUCCUGCAGUACAAGACCCGCGUUCCGGUGCGGGGCGCCAUCAUGCUCAACGAGGCCAUGGACUCGACCGUACUGGUCAAGGGUUGGAAGAAAGGUGCGAACUGGAGUUUUCCUAGGGGGAAGAUCAACAAGGACGAAGACGAUCUUGAUUGCGCUAUACGUGAGGUCUACGAGGAGACCGGCUUUGAUAUCAGAGCCGCCGGCUUGGUUCCCAAGACCGACGAAGUCAAGUACAUAGAGAUCAAUAUGCGCGAGCAGCAGCUGCGUCUCUAUGUCUUCCGAAAUAUUCCUAUGGACACCCACUUCGAGCCCAGGACCAGAAAGGAAAUUAGCAAGAUCCAGUGGUACAAGCUCUCUGAGCUCCCAGCCUUCCGAAAGAAAGGCCAACAGCACCAAUACGACGCAGCCGCUGCAUCGAACGCUAACAAGUUUUACAUGGUGGCUCCCUUUUUGGUGCCUCUGAAGAAAUGGGUCGUUCAGCAGAAGAAACGGGAUAGCUUGCGAGCAGCCGGCUCCAGCCUCGCUGCCCAGCCCAUUCACGAGGAGGGCGUCACGGAGGAUGAACUGGGAAUGCACGUUGACCACAAUGUUGUCCAGCAGCAGACCGCUGCAACGCCUGCCAUUGAGACUUUUGAGGGCGCCACUCGGGAACUGCAGCGACUGCUCCAGGUACAACCUUCAACUCAGGGACUGCAAGGGACCGCAGGGGGCCAGGCGCCGCCCGAUCCAGGUCAAGACAAGGGCAACGCGCUACUCGCGCUUCUGCAGGCCGGACCUUCGGCGGGUGCGGCGCAGGUGCAUCCCUCAUCUAAUCUGCCGCCCCAUACUCCUUUGGACCAUAUCCUUUCAAGUGUACCUGCUACCCAACCGCCAACACCUCACCAUCAUAACCAUAUUCGACAGAUGCACCACCACGUACCUCCUCCUGACUUUCCUCUCGGGACCCAUACAGCUGAAAAACAACCCAUGACCCACAUGGGUCAAGUUCCAGGCCAGCUCGCUGGCAAUAAUGGAUAUGGUCAUGGACGUUUCCCCCCAGCUGACCGCGCCUCUGCCUUGGGGGGUCAACUCUCAGGCGGUCCCGGCCAUGCUGCACCGCCUGUAGCAGGUGGGGCAGCUAACCAAGCAGCAUUCGCUCACCAGCUUCCGCAGCAUUUCCUUUCUUCAGGCCCGAGCCAUCAAACAUACCCCAAGCCAGCUGAAAAUGUAGCUCCAGCCCCACAGCUAAGCACCCAUUCGAUGUCUCUCCUCAGUGCCUUGAGAGGAAAUGUCACCAGGCCUACAGACAGCGCAUCAGCCAACCCCCCUGUGCCUGAGCCCGCAUCCCAAGUCAUGCAACUCUCGCAGCCGACGACGAUAACACAAACAUCCCAGCAGUUUCUCGACCAGGCAUUGAGGAUGGCUGGAUCCCCGAGGCCCGCCCACUCGGAUGUCCAGGCACAGACGUCGGCGCAAACGCACAAGAACGCGCUUCUGGGAAUGUUCAAGUCUCCGAGCCCAAAUGCUGCAGCAAGUCAAGGGGCUGUCCCGAUCAGCAGCUUAGACGGAACCGGAUCGUCACAGGGACUGCAGUUUGCCAACAUACCUCAACCUGAAGCAGCGAGCUCUACUGCCGAAACCGUUCGAGCUGCAGUGCAGACCAGCGGUGGACCGACCCAGAUGGACUCAAACCUAGGUUUACCAUUCGGGGCGCUCAAGCUUCUCAGCCGUCCCCAGGGAUUAGAGCGUGGCAGUGCACCUGAUCCUGCAUUGGCUUCGUCAUAUGGCUCGCAGGCCUCCCACUCCGCAAUGGACAAUAUGCACCAGCCAGUCUCUGUAGGAAACCAAUCAUCUGCGAUAACUGGCUAUCCCCACUUCUCAGCACAGCAGCCUAAUCUGCCACAGCCCUCUCAGACCUAUCAACCAUACCUUGGGCAGCCUGCGCCCAACAGGACGCCCUCUGCGACCGGCAUGCCGAGUUUCUUAGGCCAACCGCAGCAGCAGGCAGCUAGACGUCCAUCUCAGGCAACGCCGGAACAAAAGACGCUGCUCUUGUCGUUGUUUAGCAAGCAGCAAACACAGCAGGUGCCUCCAGCGGCCGAAAAUGCGGACAAGGGCAAGGAAAUACCCAUGCCUCUUCCACUCACAGAUCAGACCCCACGACCCCUCUCUCGUGCUACGGUACUCGCGUCUGCUUCGUCCGAGGGGCCGAGGAGUGGACAACCGUCUCCUAGGGGUAGUCAAACACCCAUAUCUCCUGCAGACCGGAAUUUUUUGCUUGGGUAUCUGCAGUCUGUCUCCAACACUGCAACAAAGUAG